AUGGCCUGGUUCAUGAGAGGAGUCCAGAGUGCCGUCUUCCACUAUGCCUCGUGCGCACCCUGCACCGGCUACUCAGACGGCAGAAAGAGGAGGAAAGCAGCAAAGGCCGCGCGCAAAGUGAGGGAGAAGCUGGAGCUGGAGCAGCCCGACGCAUACCAUCAUCCCGAGCCGACUGGUACCAACAUAUACUGGCAAGAGGAAAUCGCCAUGGGCCCAGGGCCACCACCACGAAGAGCGCGGAGGACCAACACGGCAACUACAGGCAGCACGAGGGGUAUGCCGACACGGGGAACACAGAGCUCGGCUUUGAGCAAUGGUGGGAGCAGCAUCGACGUCGACCACGCCGGCAAUACCCGCCUCAGUGACGAUACUCUCGACGACGACGACGAGACGUGGAACCACAAGCGAUACCAGAGGGAAGACGAGGACCUAUGGGGCCACGACGAGCCUUCAAUCAAUCUCGAACAAACCAUGACUGGCUCUUCCGUCGGAGGUGCGGGUUAUCAAAUACGGAGGCCUGUUACUUCAACAUCUGGAAGCUACUAUACCGCGCGCGCACCACCAGUCAACGAUCUGCACCCUCCCGUCGUCAGUCUUCCAUCUCCCGACCCCAUUGAUAACCGAUGGAUGCUCCAACCACCACCCAAAGCUAGUGUCAUGGCUGGCAAAGAACGAGCGUCCAACAGGAGUCGGAGUGGCAGUGGCGCAAGUAGCCGCGUAGAAUUGAGCUUGGGUCGCCAGGUCAGCACAAGGCAAUUGAUGCACAAGUUGGAGCGAGGCGAGACGCCUGAGGCUCGAUCAGCAUCACCAAAUGGUUCGUAUUUCAACCCAUCACGGUGCAGGACGCCACAAGCUCGACCGCCCUCUGCCACCAGCAGCGCUCGUCGGAGAAAGAGAAGAGACACAGCCAUGGCUCGCGACCUGGCUAUGGCGCGAACCGAUACUGUGAGCACUCAGCAUUCGUCCGGUGAAUCCAGUGAUACCAUCAUCCGAGGCAACUCCGCACCUCGCACCGCAGCCAUUCCGGACGUUAAAGUAAUUCGCGUCCGCCAGAGCCGUCCUGCCCUCUCCACAGUCUUGUCCAGCAAUUCAGGUAGGAACGAUACGCCAGUCACAGCAUCAGUUCGCAACGGUAGCGAUGAGAACGCUCUGCGCAUGCCUGAGAAGCCCAGUCCAGCGCACCACCGCUUCACAACCACGUCGACCCCCGACUCCAUCCCCUACUACACCAAACACCGCGAACCUCUCAAUUCAUCCGAUAUAUCCUCCCUUAACUGCCUUCAAGACCUCGUAUCCCCACGCGCUCUACUCGAUUCACACUUCGUCUCCGCACCCUUGGUAGAAGCCAAGAUUCGAUUACCACCUUCAGAAGAGGACAUGGCCGCAAGGGCGCGACGAGAGCUAUCCAACAGCGGUUUCAGCAUCUCAAGCGACUGGGAUGAAGAAGAAGAAGGUAUCGUAAGAGUACCUUUUGACCGGAACUUUGGACCACCAGAAAAGGAUCCAAGGUUUAGAUGGAGUGUCGACUUUUGA